GGAGGGCUGGUGGUGGAUUUUCGAAAUCAAAUAAUUUGACGAUUGAACUCCACGCAGGAACAGAAACAGAAAAAACCUCAGAACCCUCAUGGGGUUACUGAUUUCUCCGAAAGAUGAACAGCAGCAACAAAACAGAGCAGAAAAGAAGCCGAAAAUUGAGAGACAGGGAAUGGACCAGAUCGAAAUUGUGGACCUUGAAGGUGAUCCCUUCUGCUUCCUACCCAUCUCCGGCAAAGGCACCACCAUGAACGACGCCAUCUCCGUCGAACAGUACAGUCAAGACAGAGACCUCCAAAGCGCAAUCGGAUCAUCUCAAAAGAACUUCAUUGAUCUCGAUAGUUAUGAUGAAGACUUGAUUGUGCUCAAUUGCAAACCGGGGAUCACUCCCCGAAAGCGUAGAAAAGCCUUUACCAAUUUCUCUGUGACUGAACCAGGGGAAUCUUCGAAUUCAAAAAUCGCCGGCCCUGCCCCCGAUCCUGCCCCCGCCCCUGCCCCUCCAUUUGCCUGUGAAAUCUGCGUCGAACACAAGAGCCAAACCGAGUCAUUUAGAAUCAAGGGGUGCUCUCAUUCCUACUGUACCGACUGCGUGGCCAAAUUCGUCGCCGCCAAAUUACAAGAAAACAUUACAGCGAUCCGUUGCCCGGUACCCAAUUGCAGUGGCUUGUUAGAACCCGAGUACUGCCGCCGUAUUCUUCCACCAGAGGUGUUCAAUCGGUGGGGAGAUGCUCUGUGUGAGGCAGUGAUUCUUGGGUCCCAGAGCUUCUAUUGCCCGUACAAAGACUGUUCAGCCCUUCUGAUUGACGAUGGAUGCCAAGAGGUGAUGCAAUCAUUCUGCCCCAAUUGCUGGAGAAUGUUCUGCGCUCAAUGCAAGGUUCCAUGGCAUACCGGAAUUGAAUGUGCGGAGUUUCAGAAAUUGCACGACGAUGAGAGAGAGCAAGAAGAUAUCAUGCUUCUGAAGCUUGCACAGAACCAGAAAUGGGCGAGAUGUCCAAAAUGCAGGUUUGUUGUGGAGAGGACCGAAGGUUGUAGGUAUAUGAAAUGCAGGUGUGGAACAGCUUUCUGUUACAGCUGUGGAGGAACAACUAUUGAUAACUACCAUUAUUGCCAUUCUUGUAAAUGUUAACUUUUUCAGCUUUUGCGAUGAUCUGGGGGUUUCAUCACUUAAUGCCUUGGAAGUUUGAUAUGCACUAGGGAUCCAGGAGAAAGUCUCGAAUUCUAAUCAUGUGAACAUUGCCUAAGGAACUCUCCUCGUCAUUUUCUGGUGAAUCUUCUAACAUGAGUGCAAUAGCUGCAACUGUAUAAUUAAAGAGAGGGAUGUUCUGUUUAUUUUAUUGUUGGUUUUUUUAACCUAGGGCACCUUUAAUUGUAAAGUAUUGAAAAAAAAUAAAAGUGGAUCUUUUAUUUAAUUAAUUGUUUAAUUAAAAUAAUUCAGAUGG